AUGAAAGAAAAAAACGGAUCGUUAAAUGACGUACCCUGGACUGCUUUACUAAAUAAGUGCAUUGACCACCCUUCUCAACAGAGUAUCCUAACAAAAGAGGAACUUAACAACCGAAUGCGCCAUAUGACUGGUCGUAUCAAGUCGCUUAAAAUACGAUCAAACCGCGUAGAGGAACAGUAA